GGCGCCUGUAGAGAGAGGCGGAGGGAGCGCUUUACUGCAGUGUCACUAUAUUUCUGCACCACUCAUCAAAACUCUGCGGCAAGCAGACCAGAGCUUUUGGGGCACUUAUUUCGGGUGCUAAUAAUUCCUCCAAUAUAUAAACAGACCGCGUAGUCUUAUAUUUCUACGUUAAUUUAGAUCUUUUUUCGCGCGUGCUAAGUGGUCGAGUAAGCUAGUUUCUUAAAAUCGCCGGCGACAGAACAGAGUCUGGGCAAUUGUUACAGCCUAUUUGAAAGGGUUUUAAGGCUGACACAUAAAUUCAGGACACCAUGGCAAAGGAUGGAGACAAAAGCGAGUGGAAAGAGUACGUGUGGAACCCCAGAACCAGGGAGUUUCUGGGCAGAACUGCGAGCAGCUGGGGUCUCAUUUUCCUAUUCUAUUUAGUUUUCUACCUCUUCCUGGGCGGCAUGUUUGCUCUCACUAUGUACAUCAUGCUGCAGACACUCGAUGACCACAAACCGACCUGGCAAGACAGACUCUCCACACCAGGUCUAGUGAUCAGACCCCAUGCGAGUGAAACUUUUGAGAUUGUCUACACAAUCCAGAACACCGAGAGCUGGGACAUGUACGCUCAGGCGCUGGACAAGUUCCUGUCACCCUACAACGACACCGUCCAGGCCCAGAAGAAUAACGAGUGCACCCCUGGCCAGUACUUUCUGCAGGAGGACAGCGGCGAUGUGAAGAACAACCCGAAGCGCUCCUGUCAGUUCAACCGCACCAUUCUCGACGUGUGCUCUGGACUUGAGGACCGUUACUAUGGAUACCAGGAUGGAAAGCCAUGCAUCAUCAUCAAGCUGAAUCGGGUGAUUGGGUUAAAGCCGGGACAAAAUGGACAGGCUCCAUCUAUCACCUGUGGCGCGAAGAAAUACAAAGUUGGCAAAGAUGAGUGGAGAGAUGACUCUGACAAAAUUGGGGAGUUGGCCUACUUCCCUCCAAAUGGCACUUUCAACCUUAUGUACUACCCUUACUACGGCAAGAAAGCUCAGGUGAACUACUCUCAGCCUCUGGUGGCAAUCAAGUUCCUGAACAUCACCGUCAACGAGGACGUCAACAUCGAGUGCAAGGUCCACGCCAACAACAUUCCCAUCGGAAGCGAAAGAGACAAGUUUGCUGGGAGGGUGUCGUUCAAGCUGAGGAUCAACAGCAACAUCUAGUUUGACCCGCCCAACUCUCAUCCCGUCCACCAUGAAAAGCAACUUUCUUCAUUCUCUGCAGCACUGCACACACAGAAAACAAACCACAGCAUUCCCACUUUUUUCCAAGUUGUUUACACCCCCUUUAACGUUUAUUUUUAGUUUAUUUUUUCUUUUAAAGGGGGAGAAAAUGGUGCGACAAGAUGAGACAAGAAUACAAAAAAAAGGUGGUGAUGCUGUCAGUAUUUCUGUCAGUGGGCAACCAGAUGAUUUAUUUUCUGUAAAUUAGUUUGAGGUGACAUCUAUUUAUACUGCAUGAAAACCUAAAGGGAUAUUUAGGGUGUGUUUCCAAAGUUUUAGGGAUCAGCGACAUUACCGGAGAAAUGCUGCUUACCUCCUGCCGCCUCCUUGCAGAGUAUCCAUCUAUAUGAAAAAACAUACAAAUUAAAACUCAAAAAUAUCUACAGUAUUUAUUCUAACCUCAUAUCAGCGAGUCUACUUUGUUGCACUGAAAAGAUCCAACCAGCCUGCGUGUGUCUCGGUGGACGGACGCAGAGAUGAAGCCAUUUGCAUGUGUGCCGUCUUUAGUGUGCGCCGCUCAGUUUGAAACGAGGCGAUGGGAAAUGACCACCAGGAGGUAGGACCGGUGAUUAAUACAGGGGAGUGCGUGUGUUUGCGUGUUACAUUUACAGAUUUCAUUUCUUACUGUAGGUCGGGAAGUUGCAUGCAAUGUGCAAUACUCAUUAAGAGGUAAACGAACGCUUGUGUCCGUUCACUGCUGUUAAAUCAUUCAUUCUGAUUUUCUGUUCUGAUUAAAACACACAACACUCGUUUAGUUUGUUCAU